CCUUGGAAACUAAUGAACAACUUCCUGUGCUUAGCUGAAAGAUGGCGGAGGAGAAACCUCGGACGGAUCUUCAGCUCCCAGUGGCCACUGAGACUAAGAAACCCCAUCCCAAAAAAGCUCCGGAGUUGCCCAUCCUGGAGAGAAGGAACUGGCUCAUCCACCUGCACUACAUCCGGAAGGACUAUGAGACCUGCAAGGCAAUCAUCCGAGAGCAGCUUCAGGAGACCCAGGGAAUGUGUGAAUAUGCCGUUUAUGUGCAAGCUUUGAUACUGCGUCUGGAGGGAAAGAUCCAACAGUCCCUGGAGCUUUUUCAGACCUGUGCCAUUCUGAAUCCCACAAGCUCUGACAACCUGAAACAAGUGGCCAGAUCUCUCUUUCUGCUGGGUAAACACAAGGCUGCCAUUGAGGUCUACAAUGAAGCGGCAAAACUCAAUCAAAAGGACUGGGAGAUUAACCACAAUCUGGGUGUGUGCUACAUCUACAUCAAAGACUUCAAAAGUGCUGAAGAGCAGCUGAACAUUGCCUUGCAGUUGAACAAGCACGACAUGACGUACAUGAUGUUGGGAAAGAUUCACUUGUUGGAGGGAGAAACAGAAAAGGCCAUUGAAGUGUACAAAAGCGCUGUCGAGUUUUCCCCUGAGAACACCGAGCUUCUGACCACACUGGGGCUGCUCUAUCUGAAGCUUGGAACAUAUCAAAAGGCAUUUGAACAUCUCGGGAAUGCUCUAACAUAUGACCCCAACAACUACAAGGCCAUCCUGGCAGCAGGCAGCAUGAUGCAGACACACGGUGACUAUGACGUGGCGAUGAACAAGUACCGCGUGGCGGCGUGUGCCGUGCCUGAGAGCCCCCCUCUGUGGAACAACAUCGGCAUGUGCUUCUUCGGGAAGAAGAAAUACGUGGCAGCCAUCAGCUGUCUGAAGAGAGCCAACUACCUGGCUCCGUUUGACUGGAAGAUCCUGUACAACCUGGGGCUGGUGCACCUCACCAUGCAGCAGUACGCCUCCGCCUUCCACUUCCUGAGCGCCGCCAUCAACCUGCACCCCAAGAUGGGGGAGCUCUACAUGCUGCUGGCUGUUGCCCUUACUAAUCUGGAUGAUGUGGAGAACGCCAGGAGAGCGUAUGAGCAAGCCGUUGCAUUGGAUCAGUCCAACCCUCUCGUCAAUCUGAAUUUCGCCAUCCUGCUGUACAACCAAGGGGACAAGAAGGGGGCCCUGCAGCAGUACCAAGAGAUGGAACAGAAGGUCAACAUGCUGAAGGAGAGCGGGAGCAACACCGAGUUUGACCCUGAGCUGGUGGAAAUGGCACAGAAGAUGGGAGCGGCGCUGCAGGUGGGAGAGAGCCUGGUGUGGACCAAACCGGCCAAGGACUCCAAAUCCAGGCAGCGCUCCGCCGGCCCCAGCAAGUCCGCCAGCUCCCAGCAGCCCCUGGGGUCCAACCAGGCCCUCGGUCAGGCCAUGUCCUCCGCAGCCGGCUACAGCAAGAGCAUCCAACUCUCCGCGGGCAGUACCUCCCCAGGCCAGCCGAAACCCCCAUCCCUGCCCCUGGAGCCGGAACCUGACGUGGACAGCGCCCCGUCCCCACCAAAUGAGCCCCCAGGCCCCACCGAAAGCGAGGACUCCAAGUCCAAAGAGAAGAAGAAGAGUAAGCCCAAGCCGGUGGCAGAGUAGAGCUGAGAUGCACAUUGCACUGGGGCUAUGGGGGAAAUCCACUGUCUCCCCAGGAGUCUUCUCAAGCACACUCCAUUUUAAUAUAAGCAUAAAACUUUGUGAGGCUUUUGCCACUUUGCUGGGGGUUUUUUACAUCAGAACUUAGUGGAGGCGAAUACUUUGGUUAGACCGCCACAUUAACGCAGAAUGGCAGAUUUCCCAGUGUGCUGACAAAACCUGUCGUUCACCCCACCCCACUCAGUGGGAUAACAAGGGAAAACAUUUUACAGACCUCUUUUAUAAAGCUUUUUCAGUGUUCUGCGGGUCCGUGAUUUCAGUGUGUGAUCGCACAGCCUCUGUGUAGUUGGUAUGUUGUAGUGCUUCAGUGACAGUGGCAUACCUGGCUUAUCCAUCUUCGAUCCACCUCUGCCUAUCACUCUCGAGCGGAUGACAGCAAUAACUUGCUUGCACCAAGACAUAAUAUAGGGCUUGCCUCAAAAGAACAGCUUCUUAAACAACAAGAGUGAAAUCAGCGAGAAUAUUUCGCAUUUGACUGAAGAUCGCUUGGCUACAAUCACGUACUAAAGAGAACAGGGUUUACGAAUUUGUAUGUUCAUUUUUACCGCACUUUAUUUGUUGUGACCACA